UACAGUCGCUGAGGCCGGACGUGCGCGCGGCCAACGAGAGCCCCAAACUUCAAACAUAUUUAGAAACGAAACUUCAAAUAGAGCCGUUAGAGCCAACCGACUGCAAUAUUCUGCUAGCAGAUAAUCGCAACGACCAAGUGCAUUUUGCCCACAGAGAGUUGCAGGUGAAAUUUUUGGGGUGCCUUCAGAAGUGCCGGCAAGUCUGCUCCGUCACAAGUUCGGCGGCGCUGUUUGUGGUGUCGGCGUUUUUCGCCUAAUUUAAUAAAUUCGCGCCCAGUCAGCGCUAAUUGGCUAAAUCUCUGCUGUGUGUAUAAAAAAAUUUCAAGUUUCAAUAUACCUAUGCCAUUUGCCCAACAAUUGUUGAGAAGUGCCGCUCUCUCGUCUUAAACACGUUGUUCAUAUUUACCGGUGAAAUAGAUAAUAAACGAAAUCUAAUUUUGUUUGUUGUGCUGCUGCUGACGACAUCGAUUGUUUUUUAUCGUUGACUGACAGUUUGUGCAAUUUGCAGUGAAAUUGAAAAACCCUCAAAGUUUGUGGCAAGCAGCGAAGCUUUGACUAAAAAGCGCUUCAACGAGCAGCGACAGCAAUGAAAUAGGCUGACAACUGGCCAAACAACUGAAUAACUGAAUUGAAUAGUGAAACAACAACUAACAAAUCCAAGAUGAGCAGCCACACUUUGAUGCUAAGCUGCAUAGCUUUUCUUAUAGUUUUAUUGGCGCAUAUAAGCCAAGCCCAAAUGCAUGUGAGCAGCGCCAGCGCUGGUGCCAACUUUGCUUCACUGCCGCUUGAAGUUGAUGCCACCACCACCGCUAGACCACGCAGUCGACGCAUGUACGCCAUGUGCCCGCCGCAAUUUCUGCGUGUGGGCACCGAGUGCUACUCGCUGGUGCCGCAGCGCAGCAGCUGGCUGGAUGCGCACUUCUUCUGCAAGGACAAGAACGCCAAUCUGGCUGAGCCCAGCAAGUAUGCGGAUCGCAAGCUGAGAAUCUUUCUGCAGCGUCAAGACGGCGCAGCAGGCGAACAUGAGCCCAUAUGGAUUGGCGCCAACUACGAUCAUCACAAUCAUCACUGGCAAUGGAGCUUCAGCGGUCACAACGUCAGCUACAAUGCGUUCAGUCAGCAAGAUCAAACCUAUAUGCAACUUAUAUCCAACAGCCAUGACAACAAUCAGAACUGUGGCGUCUACGAUCCGAAGCUAAAGUAUCGCUGGUCGGCGCGCUCCUGCCUGGACAAGUUGCGUUUCAUCUGCCAGCACAAGAUGCCCAAAGUGAGUGCUGCGAAUCGCCACAAGAUCUACACGCGUUGGAACGCCACCUAUCCGAAUGCCAUGGCCAAUGAGGUGGUAUUGGAGGUAAUCGAUAGACAGGACAGUGAUCGCAGAUUCCAUCGUCGCGUCAAGGCGGAGGGCAGCGCUGAGGAGAUGAUUAUACCCGCGCGUCGUCGUGGACCAAAUGCACGCCGUAAUCAGCAGCGCAAUCGCCAGCAGCCACAGGCUACACAUCCCAACGACAUCAACUACAACCAGCAGCAGCAGCAGCAGCCGCCACGUCAGCGUCAGCAUCAGCGCAAGCGUCCACGUCCCAGCUCCACUGAAUCGCCUGCUCCGCUCAUCGUUAGCAAUGAAGUUGCCAGCACUGCUGGUCAGCCUGCCACGCCCACUGCUCAACAGAAUAUGACCGCUUACGAUCGAAAGCUGCAGCGUCAGCGUGAGAAGGAGCGUCGCCGCCAGCAGCGCAGACGCGAGCGUCAGGAGCGCAUGCGCCAGGAGCGAAUGGAGCGUCGCCGCAAGCUGCACAAACCAGAGACGCGAGUGCCCAAGCGCGAGCAGCAGCCUGAGAAUUUGCUAGCCAAGGCCAGAGCAGAGCAAGAGCAGCAAGAGCAGCAACAGCGCCGUCAGCAGCAUGACGAGCAACUGCAGCAUGAUCAGGCACAGCACGAGCGACAGCGCCAAGAGCAAGAGGAGCAGCGUUUGCAAAGGGAGCGAGACUUGGCAGCGCUGAAGCAGAAACUUGAGGCAGCUGAACAUCAACGAGCUGUGGAUGCCGAGGCGGAACGUCUGCGUGAACAGCGCUUGGCCAAUCAGCGCUGGCAGGAGGCGGAGCAAAAGCGCGCGCAUGAGGAGCAGCUGCGCAAGCAGCAGCUGGAACAGGAAGAAAUGGAUAAACGCAAUGCAGCCAAGCGACUGGAGGAGGAACAGCGUUUGCGCAGGGAGCACGAGCAGCGCAUGGCUGAGGCCAAGUCGGAGCAAGAGCGUCAGUUGCAUGAGGCACAGGAAGCCAAGCGGCGAGAGGAGCAGGCCAUACAACAGAAGAUGGAGGAACAGGAGCGUCAGCGGCAGCAGCAAAUAAAGCUUGAGCAGGAGGAGGAGGAAAAGCGUUUGGAGCUGGUGCGUCUGGAGGCGGCGCGUCGCUUUGAGCAGGUGGAACUGGAGCGAUUGCAGGCGGAGAAUGAGCGUCGCGAAGCUGUGCAGCGUCAGCGUGAGCAGGAGAUUGCGCGGCGAGAGGAGGAGAAACGCAGAUUGACUGCCCAAGAGGAGCGACUUCGCCAGGAGCUGGAGGAGGAGGAAAAGGGGCGCACGCGUCAGCUGGAGAACGAUAUGAAACGCGCCGAGGAGGAGCGCAAGCAGAAGGAGCAAGCGGAAGCCGCUGCUGCCGCCGCCAAGGCCGAGGAGCAAAAGCAAAAGCUUGAGCCCGCCAAGCAGCUGGCCGACGCCAAGGUGGCCGAGACCCUAGCCGAGAAGAAGCGCCAGUAUGCCUCACGCAUUGCGGCGCUCAGUCCCGAGGAUCAGCUCAAGUUCAUUGAGAUGCGCAAGCGGCGCAAGCAGCUGCGCGAGAAGCAAAUGGCCGCCCAGGAAGCCAAGAAACUCAAGCGAAUACAGGAGGCCAUUCGAUUAAAUGAGGCGCAGUAAACAAUUUCACACACACACACACACGCACACAAGCAAGCAAACAGUAAACAUAUCGUCAACAAUAUUGCAUUGAAUCUGUUUCCAGUUUUUACUUAUUUUGUUUUUUUGUUGUUUUAUGCUUUUAGAAACAAACACGCAAAAGUAUUAUUUACAUUAAAGAAAGAAAUAUAAAAGCAAAAACACACACACACACACACAAGAGCAAGAGGAAACAAAUUUCAGUAGACGUGCACUUUUUUCAAAAUAUUUGAUAUAAUAAAAAUAUUUGCAGUCAAAAGUUCGUAGCGCGCACGCAAUUUCAAAAUAAUGUACAGCUAAUAAACAUAAACAUAUAAUAUAUAUAUAUGCGCAUAUAAGUAUAUAAUAUGAUAUAUGAUAUGAAUAUAGGCCGCACACAGCCAAAAUGUUUCCUUAAUAACCAAAUUAGCAACUCAACGUGGCUAAAGCUAAAGCGCUUUGGUUUUCGUUUCUUUGUUUCGUAUUUUUGUUUAACAUUAACUAAAAGCCUUAAACUCAUUCGAGCCUGCAUGCCCAUCUAACUGUCUGUCUGUCUGUCUGUCCUACUCUCAGCCACUUCUCGUUUGGGCCAAGGCAGCAGAACAAAUAUGAUUAACAACAAAAUCCUUUUUAUAACUAUUAAAAACAUAAAAUGCUGAGCCUUUGCCUUUGGCUAAGCGUAACUA